GAGGGAAGAAACAGCGCCUGCUCAGUAAGCAUCUGCUGGGCGGUGGGUCGCUGGAUAGUUUGGGGACAGUCGCUCCGGCGGCAGCCGCUUGAGCCUCCCCGGAUACCGACUCCGAAUCAGCCCGCACACAGCGCCGCGGCCGCUCUCGCCCGCCCCGCGACGCUCAGACCCAGCACCCCGCGCUCACCGCCCGGAACUUCUGCAGACCGGAAACAGCGGGCAGGACUUCCGGAAGUGGUGACCGCGGACGGCGGAAACCCCGCGGAGACUCGGAGCGGCCGUGGGCUCCUGCUGCGCGGCUCCGGUUCUGGACCUGCCCACCACCCCACCCAGUCCCGACCUAGCAGCCUCCUCCCACCACCCAUCUCCUCGGGUGGAACCCCGGGCCCCGGCGAGUCGCGGGGCGUUUCGCGCCCCCCUCCGGCGGCUUGGCUUCUGUGGGGGCGGUUGCCCAGACAACAGGCACUUCCGGGGGCGGGGCUCGGCUAGUCCCCACCCCCCUUUUGCCCUCCCCCCUCCGCUGCGGGGUGCCGGCCUGGACCGCGGCCCUCUCCCACUGCGUGGAUCGUUGCCCCGCAGCACCUGCUUCCGGGAACACAUUGCCUGGACUCGCGCACUGCGGCUUAACCACCUUACGCUUCCGACUAGAGCCGGAGGCCCGUGUGUUUCUUUGUUGCUCCUGGCAACAGCCACUUCCGGGAGCGAGUGCCCUCCCCACCCCGGUCCCGGUACCGCUGGAGCCCGAGCCGCGAGUUCCGUCUCCUAGCAGCGGUUCGUGCGCGGUCGCCGCUCGCCUGCGGCUUAAGGCCUCCGGGGCCUCCUCGCCGCCUCGGCGGGGUCUCCGCGGCCGCCAUGGUUCUUCUGCACGUGAAACGGGGCGACGAGAGCCAGUUCCUGCUCCAGGCGCCGGGGAGCACGGAGCUGGAGGAGCUCACGGUGCGGGUGGCCCGGGUCUACAACGCGCGGCUCAAGGUGCAGCGCGUCUGCUCAGGACUGACCGACGACCAGAUUGAAGAACUGAAGUUGAGGGACGAGUGGGGCGAGAAGUGUGUACCCAGCGGGGGCUCAGUAUUUAAAAAGGAUGAUAUUGGCCGAAGGAACGGGCAAGAGAGAGAGAGGAGGAGGCAGGCUCCCUGCUGCGCAGAGAGCCCCAUGUGGGGCUCGAUCCCAGGACCCUGGGAUCAUGACCGGAUCCGAAGGCAGAGGCUUAACCCACUGAGCCACCCAGCUCCGAAUGAGAAAAUGAAGCAAGUUUUAAAGAAGACUGUAGAAGAGGCCAAAGCGAUAAUAUCGAAGAAACAGGUGGAAGCUGGAGUCUGCGUUACCCUGGAGAUGGUGAAAGACGCCUUGGACCAGCUUCGAGGGGCCGUGAUGAUUGUUUAUCCCAUGGGGCUGCCGCCCUACGAUCCCAUCCGGAUGGAGUUUGAAAAUAAGGAAGAUUUGUCUGGAACCCAGGCAGGACUGAGUGUCAUCGAAGAAUCAGAGGCGCAACUGUGGUGGGCAGCCAAGGAGCUGAGGAGAACAAAGACGCUUUCUGACUACGUGGGCAAGAACGAAAAAACCAAAAUCAUCGUCAAGAUUCAGCAAAGGGGACAAGGCGCUCCAGCCCGGGAACCAGUGAUCAGCAGUGAGGAGCAGAAACAGCUGAUGCUGUACUAUCACAGAAGACAGGAGGAGCUCAAGAAAUUGGAAGAAAACGAUGAUGACUCCUGCUUAAAUUCUCCGUGGGCAGAUAACACCGCUUUGAAGAGACAUUUCCACGGAGUAAAAGACAUCAAGUGGAGGCCAAGAUGAAGUUCGCCGGCCACCAGUGCUGUCGGAAGUACUAGCUCGCCUUUCAGUACGCAAAUCAUACAAAUUUAAAAGAAUAAUAGUAAUAUAGGGGGGCCUGCAGCCUUCUGUGAAAGAUGUUGAAUUUCUAGUUUUCCUAGUUUUUCUUUCCAUUUGAAUGUUUAAAAGAAAAAUUAUUCAGGGUCUGAGAACUUAAUAAAUACAUCCUCAGAAGAA